AUGGGUCUCACAUUCUCGAAACUUUUCGAUAGACUAUGGGGAAAGAAGGAGAUGAGAAUCUUGAUGGUCGGUCUUGAUGCUGCCGGAAAGACCACCAUUCUCUACAAGCUCAAGCUGGGUGAAAUUGUCACUACUAUUCCUACUAUCGGUUUCAACGUCGAGACUGUCGAGUACAAGAACAUUCAGUUCACCGUGUGGGAUGUUGGUGGACAGGACAAGAUUCGUCCCUUGUGGCGACACUACUUCCAGAACACCCAGGGUAUCAUCUUCGUGGUCGACUCCAACGACAGAGAUCGUAUUGUCGAGGCUCGUGAGGAACUGCAGCGCAUGCUGAACGAGGAUGAGCUCCGUGACGCCCUCCUCCUGGUCUUUGCCAACAAACAGGAUCUACCCAACGCCAUGAAUGCCGCCGAAAUUACUGACAAGCUUGGUCUUCACAGCCUCCGCCAGCGUGCUUGGUACAUUCAAUCUACCUGCGCUACCUCUGGUGAUGGUCUCUAUGAAGGUCUCGAGUGGCUCAGCAACUCGCUGCGCAAGGCUGGUCACAACUGA